AGAGUUCUCUGGUAAUGUGUUCUAAAGGGUGGGGGAAUGAGUGGAACAUGUGGUGAAGUGUAAUGUGGGGGAAUCUGUAGAUAAAACAUAAGCUAUUUGAAGUUGUCCGAACUGUUGUCCAAAAAUCUCUAAACAUGGCGAUGUAUAAUUUUAAAAAGAUUGCUGUCGUACCGCCAGCAAAGGAUUUUAUAGAUAUUACCCUCUCAAAAACACAACGGAAGACGCCAACUGUUAUUCACAAGAACUACAAAAUAUCAAGAAUAAGGCAGUUUUAUAUGCGCAAGGUGAAAUUCACACAACAGAAUUUCCACGAUAGGCUCUCUGAGAUUAUACAGGACUUUCCGAAACUUGACGAUAUUCAUCCUUUUUAUGCUGAUCUUAUGAAUGUUCUCUAUGACAAAGAUCAUUACAAAUUGGCGCUGGGUCAGCUGAAUAUGGCGCGUCAUCUUAUUGACAAUGUUGCAAAGGAUUAUGUACGCCUGCUAAAAUUUGGUGACUCGCUAUACAGAUGUAAGCAACUGAAACGUGCAGCAUUGGGACGUAUGGCAACCAUUAUGAAACGACAAGGUCCAAACCUGCAAUAUUUGGAACAAGUGAGACAACACUUGGCAAGGUUACCUUCUAUUGAUCCGUUUACAAGAACAAUCAUAAUUUGUGGUUUUCCAAACGUUGGAAAAUCCAGCUUUAUUAACAAGAUUACAAGAGCCGAUGUGGAGGUUCAGCCGUAUGCUUUCACAACUAAAUCACUGUAUGUUGGUCACACUGACUACAAGUAUCUGAGGUGGCAAGUUAUUGAUACUCCUGGAAUUCUGGAUCAUCCUCUUGAAGAACGUAAUGUUAUAGAAAUGCAGGCGGUUACUGCACUUGCCCACCUCCGUGCAGCUGUGCUUUACAUUAUGGAUUUGUCUGAGCAGUGUGGACACACUGUAGAAGAGCAAGUUAAACUCUUUGAAAGUAUUAAACCGCUGUUCGCCAACAAGCCACUGAUGGUAGUCCUGAAUAAAGCAGAUGUUGUUAGAUUAGAAGAACUUCCUCCAGAGAAACAAGCACUCUUGAAGCCAUUGGAAGAUGAAAAUGUACCAAUAAAGCAAAUGAGCACAAUGACAGAUGAAGGUGUGAUAGAAGUUAAAACAGAGGCCUGUGAGAAGCUUCUUUCAUAUAGGCUUGAAAUGAAGGUCCGUACGAAGAAGGUAGAUGGCAUUCUCAACAGGAUACAUGUUGCCAUGCCAUCACAGAGAGAUUCAAAUAGAGUGCCUUUUAUACCAGAAAAUGUGUUAAAGCGACGACAAGAGAAUGCUUCUCGUAAACGAAAACUUGAGAGAGAAAUUGAAGAAGAGGAAGGUGAUGAUUAUGUAUUGGAUCUGAAGAAGAAUUAUGACCUUCCUGAAGAAUACAAGUAUGAUAUUAUUCCUGAAAUCUGGGAAGGGCAUAAUAUUGCUGACUAUAUUGAUCCUGAAAUAUUUAAGAAACUGGAAGAACUGGAGAAGGAAGAAGCUCUACGAGAAGAGGCUGGCAUGUAUGUGGUUCCAAAGAUUGAGCUUGAUGAAACUAUGAGAGAGAUCAAGGCACUAGCAAAACAGAUUCGUGAUAAGAAGGCCAUCAUGAAACAAGAGGCAGCAAUUCUGAAGAACUCUACCAAGCCAGUAAUGCCACGCACUACAGCUGCUCGAGCACGUGAUCGUAGUGUUUCCCGUUUGAGAGCUGAAAUGUCAGAAUUAGGAGUUGACAUGAGUGGCACAGAGGAGGCACACUUCACAAAGACACGUAGUCGGUCACGAUCUACAUCUCGUCCAGCGAAAAGAAUGAGACUGAGCUCUGAAGGUUUAUCUAGAAGCAGCUCUAGACCACCGAGGGAUGAAAUGGGAGUCAAGGAUGUUGUUAUGAAGGAGAAACUGAAGAAGAUUGCACACAAAGCUCUGAAGAAAAAGAUAGACAAGAAAGGGCUGAAAGGAGAAGCAGACAGAUUUAUUGGAAAUAAGAUGCCAAAACAUUUGUUUUCUGGAAAACGUGGAAUUGGAAAAACAGAUAGAAGAUAAUAGGAUUGUAUUUCAGAAUAAUUUGCAGUGCUUCUGCAAUAAAAGUUGUUCUGUUUUGACUUAA